AUGACUCUGACGAUGAUAUGCCCAAAGACAAAAAAAAAGAAAUAUAAAGUUGAAUGUAAGCGACAAGUCAUGAGAAAACAAACAAGAUUUUCGAUUUAUCUCGAAAUGUUCUUUUCUUCCUUAGAAGCUUUUUUCAUUUCGAACCAUAAAGUUGGAGAAGACAAAAAAGAAAAAUCAAUUAUAGAUAUUCCAUUAAUUUAA